GCGUAGUUUUGAUCUCAGUUAAGUGCCGGUGAGUGACCCGAACCCGAAGAGCUCACGUAUAGCAGUGAUGUCGCGCCAAGUAAUCCGGAACCUUAUCUUCGUCGUCCUUGUGAUCGUCGGAGUAUAUGCUCAAAAGAGGAGUAAUGUCGACAAGCUCGACGAGAACAAUUGGGAUCGAAUGCUUCAGGGCGAGUGGAUGGUUGAAUUUUAUGCACCAUGGUGUCCAGCGUGUAAAGCACUUGAACCAAUCUGGGAAGGUCUUGCUUUCCAAAAAAAAGAGCUUGGAAUUAAUGUUGGCAAGGUUGAUGUGACAGAUGCUCCAGGACUUAGUGGUCGUUUUAUGGUGACUGCUCUGCCAACAAUAUAUCAUGUCAAAGAUGGAGUUUUUCGCCAGUACAAGAGUCCAAGAGAUAAGGAUUCACUGAUUGAAUUUGUAUCUAAGCAGACAUGGACCAAAGUAGAACCUAUUUCAAACUGGAGAAGUCCAACAUCAAUUCAAAUGUCUCUUGCCAGUCAGAUCUUCAGAAUGUCUCAAGUACUAAGAAGCAUCCAUAACAAGUUGAUGGAAGAUUUUGGUAUGCCUACCUGGGGAACUUAUUUGAUUUUUGCUCUUGUCACUAUUGUUUUGGGUGCUAUUUUGGGUCUGUUAAUUGUUUGCAUCAUUGACUUUAUUUACCCACCAAAGACUCCAACUCAAACCAAGAAAAAGGAGAAAGACGAAGAUAACGACGCAGGAGUCGAUGACGAACUCGUUGAUGCAGUUAAGGAUGAUCUCGUAGAUGAAGAGGAAAGUGAAUCAGAGGAAAAGUCCGAAAACGAGAAAACUGACAAAGACAGCAAGUCGUCACAACCAAAUAGUCCAAACGUUCGCAAACGCAGAGCGCGCAAAGCUGACUAAGCUGAAAUAUGUAUGGAAAAAUUUGGAAAACUCACUGACGCAUAAAUGCGCUGGAGAUUCAAGGCUAUUGACUUUAUGAUUUCUUUCAAAUCAAAAAGUCUUUUAAUAACUUCUUGGCAAGUUAUUUUUUAAUGAUUAUUUUUCAUACGUAAAACUUAAUUUUCUAAAUGCGUUUUUAUAUUUUGUCGGUAGGACUUAACAAUUGCCAUCGAAGUUUUACUAGAUAAAUUACUAAAUAGACAUGACUGCAUCACAAACAUUUUUUUACUUUAAAUUUUUUUUCUUGUUCGCUGAAUUGCUCGGAAAAAACUGUUAAUUAUAUAAUGGUAGUUGAGUGUUACGCGUGUACUUUAUGUCUUUAUCUCAUUAAUUCGCGUUUCCUAAGCCGAAUCUCGAAGAAACGGGGAAACAUAGUUUCUACUUGUAAAUAUAUAAUGCCUUUCCAGUCAUUAUUAACUUUUUAAUAAUAAUAUAAACUUUAUCAUUGUCAACUUUGAAUUUUGGAAUAUUAAGUUAGCGUAGAAGUCUUCCGACAAUCUACACGCACAACCGUUCAUUCGCGCUUCGUUUAAUGCAUUGAGCAAUAAAGUGAGAGGACAUUAAAUAGUUGAUGAGAAUAGGAAAUAAACUCCAUUCAAUUUUAAUUAUCGGCGUGAAAAUCAUUAAAAGUUGUAUGUUCCUUAAGAACAUUCCUGUCUUGAAAAAGCUGACACUCAUUUACACACAAGGAACAAUUAAUAACUAAGGAUUGUAUUAUAUGCAAAAUAGAUGAAAAUUACAAUGUAUAACUUUAACUGCCUAUUAAUAAACGUAUUUA